UCUCCCCGCCACCUUCUUAGGCAUGGCCACCCUCACCCGUCUCUACCUCGCCCUCUGGAAGUUCCCCUCCACGGUCGGCCUCCCUUCCGCCACUUGUUUCCCGAACCUCCGUGAGCUGGAGCUCUGCACCGUCCUCAUGGAGGGCAGGGAUUUGGACUUCAUCCUCGACAGGAGCCCUGUGCUGGAGAAUCUCUGUAUCCAGGGCAAUCUAUUAAAGUUUCACCUCCGCCUUGUUAGCCAAAGCCUCCAGUUCGUGCGGCUCCUCGGGUGCUUCGUUCAAGAAAUCUUUGUGGUGCACGCCCCAAGACUUGAGCAGCUCAUCCAUUCGGAAGCUUGGAUCCCUGGUGGCAACUGCUCCAAGAUCAAGAUUGGCCAUGCCCCCAAGCUUCAGCUGUUGGGAUCUUUGCAUCCAAGAAAUCAUGUACUAGAGCUCGGCAACACCGUCAUCAAGGCUAGGACAAGGGUCAGCCCAAGCACCAUGGUACCAACUGUAACAUUCCUGGGUAUGGAAGUCCAUUUCGGAGUCCGCAACGAUCUCAAGAUGAUCCCUAGUGUCCUCAGAUGUUUUCCAAAUGUUACGGCGCUCCACAUCAGGUCCGGGAAAACUGAUCAAUCCACUGGCAAGCUCAACCUAAACUUCUGGUAUGAUUCUGGUGCCAUUGAAUGCAUCCACUGGAGCAUCAAACGGCUCGAUUUCUAUGACUUCCAAGGCGGUCGAAGUGAGCUGGCAUUCCUCAAAUUUUUCUUUGAGACCGCAUUUGUGCUGGAGGAGGUGGUGAUUCAGUUGGCCACUAGUUUCACUUCGAUGGAAGAGGUGCAUUCCAAAUUGGAGAGCCUAGGGUCCAUCCAACUGGCCAGUGAAGCCUGCUCAGUUCUGGUCACUGGCUGUCCUGGUUCUGAUCAAGAGUGGAGGUUACAUUAAGAGCUUCAAGAGAGGUUCUGAAUUUUCUCUUUGGGACCCUUUUGCUAACUACCAUGUUGCUGCACUAUGUGCAUGAAAGCCACCGUUUGAGAUUUAUUUACAGGGUUUGAAGAUUCGUCCCACCUCUGUGUUCUACUAGCAUGAUUAGCUUAAGUAUUGUAGUACAAUUAUUGGUAUGCACAAGUAUGAGCAUGUUGCAAUUAUCUUUUUUUUCUAGCAAUUACGGACCACUGUACUUGUGUUCCAUGUGAUUUCCUUAGCUAGCUAUGAUCUGCCAAUUAUUUUUUGCUAAACAGAUCAGAUUAUGCUGGUGAGAAUUAGUGAUGUCUGAGCUAAUUCAUGUUCCGUGUAUUGUCA